AAGUGGCAGGCCUGGCGGCAACAGAGCAAACUACAACCAGCGGCAGGACCGAGGGCAGCUGUCCAAGUAGCGUGGUGCCCCUGGUUCCCCGCAUGGCCCCCUCAGCCUGGGCCAUCUGCUGCCUCCUGGGGGGCCUCCUGCUCCACGGAGGCAGUCCCAGCCCUGGCCCCAGCGUGCCCCGCCUGCGGCUCUCCUACCGAGACCUCCUUUCUGUCAACCGCUCUGCCAUCUUUCUGGGUCCUCGGGGCUCCCUGGACCUUCGGGCCCUGUACUUGGAUGAGUACCGGGACCGCCUGUUUCUGGGCGGCCGAGAUGCCAUCUACUCUCUGCGGCUGGACCAGGCAUGGCCAGAUGCCCGGGAGGUCCUGUGGCCACCGCAGCCAGGACAGAGGGAGGAGUGUGUUCGCAAGGGAAGAGAUCCUCUGGUGGAGUGCGCCAACUUUGUGCGGGUGCUGCAGCCCCACAACCGGACUCACCUGUUGGCCUGUGGCACUGGUGCCUUCCAACCCACCUGCGCUCUCAUUGCCGUUGGGCAUCGUGGGGAGCAUGUGCUCCAUCUUGAGCCCUACAGUGUAGAAAGUGGGCGGGGGAGGUGCCCGCACGAGCCCAGCCGUCCCUUCGCCAGCACCUUUGUAGGUGGGGAACUAUACACGGGCCUCAAUGCUGACUUCCUGGGGCGAGAGGCCAUGAUCUUCCGGAGUGGGGGUCCCCGGCCGGCCUUGCGUUCUGACUCUGACCAGAACCUUCUGCACGAUCCCCGGUUUGUAAUGGCCGCCCGGAUCCCUGACAACUCUGACCAGGACGAUGACAAGGUGUACUUCUUCUUCUCGGAGACUGUCCCCUCACCCGAUGGGGGCCCGAGCCGAGUCACUGUCAGCCGCGUGGGCCGCGUCUGCAUGAAUGACAUGGGCGGCCAGCGGGUGUUGGUGAACAAAUGGAGCACCUUCCUCAAGGCCAGGCUGCUCUGCUCGGUGCCUGGCCCUGGCGGUGCUGAGACCCACUUCAACCAACUGGAGGAUGUGUUCCUGCUGUGGCCCAGCGCAGGGAAGAGCCUGGAGGUGUACGCUCUGUUCAGCAUGGUCAGUACUGUGUUCCAGGGCUACGCCGUCUGCGUGUACCACAUGGCAGAUAUCUGGGAAGUCUUCAAGGGGCCCUUUGCCCACCAAGAUGGUCCCCAGCACCAGUGGGGGCCCUAUGGGGGCAAGGUGCCCUUUCCCCGCCCUGGCAUGUGCCCCAGCAAGAUGACCUCACAGCCAGGACGACCCUUUGGCAGCACCAAGGAUUACCCGGAUGAGGUGCUGCAGUUUGCCCGAGCCCACCCACUCAUGUUCCGGCCUGUGCGUCCCUGGCGGGACCGCCCUGUCCUUGUCAAAACCCACCUGGCCCAGCAGCUGCGUCAGAUCGUUGUGGACCGUGUAGAGGCUGAGGAUGGGACAUAUGAUGUCAUCUUCCUGGGGACCGACUCUGGUUCUGUGCUCAAGGUCAUCGCCCUCCAGGAGGGUUCUGCUGAGCCUGAGGAAGUGGUUCUGGAGGAGCUCCAGGUGUUUAAGGUGCCAACACCCAUCACUGAGAUGGAGAUCUCUGUCAAAAGGCAAAUGCUGUAUGUGGGCUCGAGGCUGGGAGUGGCCCAGUUGCAGCUGCACCAGUGUGAGACCUAUGGCAGUGCCUGUGCAGAGUGCUGCCUGGCCAGGGACCCGUACUGUGCGUGGGACGGUUCCUCUUGCACCCGCUACCGGCCUGGCACCAGCAAGCGCCGGAUCCGCCGGCAGGAUAUCCGUCACGGCAACCCUGCCCUGCAGUGCCUGGGCCAGACCCAGGACGAGGAAGCUGCGGGACUUGUGGCAGCCACCACGGUCUACGGCACAGAGCACAACAGCACCUUCCUAGAAUGCCUGCCCAAGUCCCCCCAGGCCACCGUGCACUGGUUCUUGCAGAGUCGGGGGGAUGAGGGACCCAACCAGGUAAAGACAGAUGAGCGUAUCCUGCAAACAGAACAGGGGCUGCUGUUCCGCAGGCUCAACCGCCUGGAUGCGGGCACCUACACCUGCAUGACGCUGGAGCAUGGCUUCUCCCAGGUGGUGGUCCGCCUGGCUCUGGAGGUGAUUGUGGCUACCCAGCUCGACACUCUGUUUCCCCGGGGGCUGAGGCCAGAGGAGCCUGCAACCCGGGAAGGCCUGGCCUCCACCCCCUCCAAGGCCUGGUAUAAGGAUAUCUUGCAGCUCAUCGGCUUUGCCAACCUGCCCCGGGUGGAUGAGUACUGUGAGCGUGUGUGGUGCCCCUCCCGCAGCCGGAGCCGCAGCAAACAGGCCAAGGGCAAGAACUGGGUGGGGCUGGAGCUAGGCAAGAAGGUGAAGAGCCGGGUGCAGGCCGAGCGCAACCGGACGCCCCGGGAAGUGGAGGCCACAUAAAAGACAGAGGAGGAGGGGUGGUCGGGAUGGGCCGAGUGGCCAGCAGCAGCCCCCAGCAUCUCCCACCCACCCAGCUAGGAGAGAGGGGGGCCAACAUGCCUGAUUGCCUCUGAGAGAUGGGAAUCUUUAUCCCCAGAUGCCUAACAGGCCACCCACAGGAUAGGCUGGGCCUGAUGGAGAGCCCUGUGUCCUAGCCUGUUCCCUGCCUCUCUGCUCUCCAUCCCAGGCUAGAGCCAGCACCCUUUGGCUGCUGGAAACCCCAGUGGGCCUGCUAUUUGUUCUCAAACAAGGCCCCCAGCACACAUUUCUGCUUGUGCCUGGAGGCGAGAGGGCUGGGUGGUUCUUACCCAGUCCGCAGAACAUUGGCAAUUCUGAGUGGCCCUCACAGUGGGUGUGUGGGUGCUUCUGAAGAGGUGUUGGGGCAGGGGGCCUUCAGGAAGCUGAGGACAGUAGAAGUUGCCUAUAAGCAAGCACCGGUCAGGAAGACCUACCCUGACUGAGGUGGGGAGGGAAAGCGGAGGCACCGAGAAGGUGGAACAAAAAGACCCCCCUCACACUUUGUGCCCUUAUAUCUUACCUUGGUGGAUCCUUCCACUGCCCAACACCUCUUCUCCAUCUCAGAAUUACAGAAGCAUAGGCUGCCAGAGGUCCCUGGGUCUGGUCUGGACCUCAGGCCCCACUUCAUAGAUGAAAGGGGUAGGGACAUCACACAGCCUGACUUCCCUUCCCCAGGCCCAGGCCCUGGAACUUCCAGGCUGGGUUUCCUGGGUUUUCCAGGGUUCCUGGAAGGUGGGCCAGGCCCACAGCUCCCAAUGGAAUCUCCCUUGCCCACCAUCAGGGUCUCCGUGCUGUUGAGUGGGGAGGAGGUGGAUUCUAGGAGUGCAUUAUCCCCCAUCUCUAUGGACUAGAGCUAGAGAGGGGGGAGCUUUGGGAAGUGUGGGGGUGGUUGGAGGGGUGGGCUGUCUUAGGGCAGUGCAAGCUUGCCCACAGCCUGGGAGGAUGGGAUGAGGCAGCUUUGUGAGCAAGCUGCAGGAGCACGGCAGAGCUUUGCCUAGGAGACCCUAGAGGAUUGAGACUUUUGAGAUGGGAGAGGGUGGAAGACCCUAGGACGGGUUAGGGGACUCAAGGUCAGGCAUUCUCAAGGACCGAAGAAGGCAUCUCUUGGCCCAGGGGCCAGAUGUUUCCCACUCUGGGAUCUUUGGUUUCUGCUAAAUAAGACUUUGUUAUGGAUGGUUCAUUUAUGAAGUAUUUUUUCUUUUAAGGGAAAAAAAAUGUAGGGGCAAGUGCUAAGUCCUGCUGUUUCUUGCGGUGAGUCUCAGGUGGCCAGGAUGCAUUCUGUCUGGGUGUGUAGGGAGGUGUUUUUGCCAUCAGCAGUAAUGUGUUCCUUGGGCUGGGGAGCACAAAGGGGGAGGAGGAGAACUAAAUGAAAAGUUGCUCCCAGCCUGCAUAUGAACAAGUCAAUGACGCACAAAACUGACAGGAAGGAGACAAGAGCAUCAGGUUCCAGAUUCCCUCCAUUAAACACCAAGAUGAAAGAAGGAGGAAAAAACAGAUAUAAAGCAAGACAGGGCUUCCUGCCCCCACUGAACUCAAACGCAGACCUUGUCUGCCUUGGAUUUGACCGAGCCCCUGCAUCCCCCCACCCCUUCCAGGGAACUCCAGUUCCCUGGCAAUAGAAAUAGAAAUCCCCCAUCUGCACAGAGAGUGAGCCAGAAGCACCGAGAUAAACCUGACAGCACUUUGGGAAGCCAUUGGCCUGGGGUGGUUGCGGCUGGGAUGUCAGCAGAGGAGAAGAGGACCCUGGGGAGGGGCGGGGAGAAGAGGUAGGAGGAGAUAGAGGCCAUGGAAGAGGAUGGGGAGAGAGCUUAGAGCCCCAGCAAUGGGCGUCAGAGAUGCAGCCAGUUCUGCCCUUCUAUCCCAGGAAGAAGCAACCAGGCCCCACAGUGGCCUCUAGGCUGGGCCCAGGCAUGGCCAGCUCCAGGCAGGCUCCUCUGGGGAAGUUACUCUGGAAAAUGGAGGGAGAAGGAGUUAAAAACAAGGGACACCUGCACUUGGAAAAUUAUGGCCACUUCUACUGAUCGCCAUCCCAUACCCCAUGGUACUGUGUAGUAUUCACUCCUGGAAAUGCCUCUGUGUGUGAAUUCUAUUUUUGUAUUCAUAUGUUGAGAUGCGUUUUGUGAUUUCUCUGUCUUCAAAGCACACUUCUUAUAAUUACUAUUGCUCUUUUAAUUGUCCACACCGCCCCAGAGCGGUGGUGCGGACAAUGCAGUGGUUUACCAAACCACCUACAAGGAAAGGGAUAAGGUUAAUAUUUAUAUGGCAUAAUUACAUCAUUAUUGUAUCUGUGUAUUUCUGUAAUAAAUUGGUGCCAUGUGUGUGAGCUGGAAA